AUGCCAUCUGAUGCAAAAAAACGAGCGCAGCAAAAGAAAAAAGAACAGGCAAGCAACCGUAAUAAAAAGCCUGUUGCAAGAGUAACUGCGGAGGAGAAUGGAUCCGCGACCAACGGCACUGGGUCUAUUGACCGCGAGUUGACUGCAGAAGAGGCAUUAUGCUUAAAACUAGAAGCAGAAGCUAAAAUGAAUUCUGAGGCACGAUCAUGUACUGGAACUCUAGCUGUGCAUCCACGUUCCAGAGACAUAAAGAUUGCAAAUUUUUCCAUAACGUUUUAUGGCAGUGAAUUGCUCCAAGAUACUCUUUUAGAGUUGAAUUGUGGAAGAAGAUAUGGCCUUGUUGGGCUAAAUGGCUGUGGUAAGUCAUCGCUGCUAUCGGUACUUGGUCGUCGUGAAGUGCCAAUUCCAGAGCAUAUUGAUAUCUUCCAUCUGACUCGAGAGAUGCCUGCCUCAGAUAAGACUGCUUUGCAGUGUGUAAUGGAGGUGGAUGAGGAAAGGAUAAAGCUGGAGAAACUAGCUGAGGAAUUGGCUCAUUGUGAAGAUGAUGAAUCCCAAGAACAACUCAUGGAUGUCUACGACAGACUUGAAGAUUUAAGUGCUGACACAGCUGAGGCACGUGCUGCUAAUAUUCUAAAUGGUCUUGGUUUUACCAAAGAGAUGCAGCAAAAGGCAACAAAAGAUUUCUCUGGAGGUUGGCGCAUGCGUAUUGCAUUGGCCCGUGCGCUGUACGUUAAGCCGCAUCUACUAUUGCUGGAUGAGCCAACUAAUCAUCUUGACUUAGAUGCCUGCGUUUGGCUUGAAGAAGAGCUUAAACAAUACAAGCGCAUUCUCGUGCUGAUAUCUCACUCCCAAGAUUUUCUCAAUGGAGUUUGCACCAACAUUAUUCACAUGAGCAAACGUCGUCUUAAAUACUACACAGGAAACUAUGAGGCAUUUGUACGUACUCGACUGGAAUUACUGGAAAACCAAAUGAAGCAAUACAAUUGGGAGCAGGAUCAGAUUGCUCAUAUGAAGAAUUAUAUAAGCAGAUUUGGUCACGGUUCAGCUAAACUGGCACGUCAGGCUCAGUCCAAAGAGAAAACUUUGGCUAAAAUGGUUGCACAAGGUCUGACAGAAAAAGUUGUAGAUGACAAGAUCCUAAACUUUUAUUUUCCAUCUUGUGGGAAAGUACCACCACCUGUUAUCAUGGUGCAGAAUGUUUCAUUUAGGUAUUCUGACAGCAGUCCAUGGAUCUACAAGAAUUUAGAAUUUGGUAUAGAUUUGGACACCCGGAUUGCCCUUGUCGGACCCAAUGGAGCUGGAAAGUCUACUUUGCUGAAACUACUUUAUGGAGAUUUGGUGCCAUCUACCGGCAUGAUACGUAAAAACUCCCAUUUGCGCAUUGGACGCUACCACCAACACUUGCAUGAGCUCUUGGACUUGGAUCUUUCUCCACUGGACUAUAUGUUAAAGGAGUUCCCCGAGGUACGAGAGCGAGAGGAGAUGAGAAAGAUUAUUGGACGAUAUGGUCUAACGGGAAGACAGCAGGUUUGUCCAAUGCGCCAAUUGUCAGACGGACAACGUUGCCGAGUGGUGUUUGCGUGGCUGGCAUGGCAAACCCCUCAUCUGCUGCUGUUAGAUGAGCCCACGAACCAUCUCGAUAUGGAGACAAUCGACGCUUUGGCCGAUGCCAUCAACGACUUCGAUGGCGGCAUGGUACUCGUCAGUCACGAUUUCAGGCUCAUUAAUCAGGUGGCUGAAGAAAUCUGGAUCUGCGAGAAUUCCACUGUAACCAAAUGGAAUGGCGGGAUCUUGAAGUAUAAGGAUCAUCUGAAGUCGAAGAUACUGAAAGAUAACGCAGAUAACGCAGCAAAAAUUCGCAAA